AAUCAUCGCAUCCUUCCAUUAUAUAAGAGCACACACUCCCUCCCACUGAAAGAAGAGCGAGUGAGCAAAAUUAGGGGAAGAAACAAAAAAAAACCCAUCAUGGGUUCCAAAGUUGCUCUGUUCUUCUUGCUUGCUGUGUUCGGCUUCUCAGCCCUGUCAGCUGUUUCAGCCGACAAUGGAGAUCAUCAGGAGGACCCUGGGCUGGUGAUGAACUUCUACACGGACAGCUGCCCCCAGGCUGAGGACAUCAUCAAGGAGCAAGUCAGGCUCCUCUACAAGCGCCACAAGAACACCGCCUUCUCCUGGCUCCGCAACCUCUUCCAUGACUGCGCCGUCCAGUCAUGCGAUGCUUCCCUGCUGCUGGACUCAACGAGGAGGGAGCUGUCUGAGAAGGAGCAUGACAGGAGCUUCGGGAUGAGGAACUUCAGGUACCUGGACAACAUCAAAGAAGCGGUUGAAAGGGAGUGCCCCGGAGUCGUCUCUUGCGCCGAUAUCCUCGUCCUGUCUGCCAGGGACGGCGUUGUUGCGCUAGGAGGGCCGUACAUUCCGCUGAAAACAGGGCGAAGGGAUGGGAGGAAGAGCAGGGCAGAGAUAUUGGAAGAUUACCUCCCAGACCACAACGAGAGCAUGUCUGUUGUGCUCGAGAGGUUUGCUGCCAUGGGCAUCGACACCCCUGGAGUCGUUGCUUUGCUAGGUUCGCACAGUGUCGGCCGGACCCACUGUGUGAAGCUGGUUCACCGCCUGUACCCGCAAGUCGACCCAGCCCUGAACCCAGACCACGUGGAGCACAUGCUCUACAAGUGCCCUGACCCGAUCCCUGACCCAAAGGCGGUCCAGUACGUGAGGAAUGACAGAGGGACACCCAUGAUAUUCGACAACAACUACUACAGGAACAUCCUGGACAACAAGGGGCUGCUGAUUGUGGACCAUCAGCUUGCCACCGACAAGAGGACCAAGCCCUACGUGAAGAAGAUGGCGAAGAGCAACGACUACUUCUUCAAGGAGUUCUCGAGGGCCUUCACCAUCCUCUCUGAGAACAACCCUCUCACUGGGACGAAGGGUGAGGUCAGGAAGCAGUGCAACAUGGUGAACAAGCACCACUAGAAGGGCCUAAUCGUCGAUCCUCCCAAGUUUACUACAUAGGGGGAGGUGAAUUAGCGAGUGUUGCCAAGUAGUAAUAAAAGCAUGGUUGGCUUCGGUUUGUGUCCUUGCUAGGGUUUCGAAGUGUAUCCUUUUAAUGGAAAGGUUCGGAGCAGUGGCUUUGGGUGGACCCGAAGUCAUUGUGUAGAUGUAAAUUAAUGGGAAGGGGGGACCAAGGACUUUAAUCAAGUUAAUGGGUACAAUGUGCAAUGGAACUGUUUCUCUUUUGUAGCCUUUUUCCAUUAUUCUACUUUGCUUGUGUUGGCAUGAAGGUGAAGCUGACAAUGUUGUCGGCAAUAAAUUGGUGGAGUUUCCGGAAGAAGAGUUGUAUUUAUAUGGAUGGAUGUAAUGGGAUGGAUGAUGGUGCAUGGUGCGUGGAGGAUAUAAUAUAUAUGCAUGGAUUGUAAUA